GCUUCAGGCAGUUGGACCUACGGGUAGAGCAAUGGUCAGAUAUCAGUUGGACGCGUUUGGAACGCGGAGAGUUACAGCCUUCUCAGGCGUAGUCAUUUUUUUUGUCCCUUAAUGUUGGCAGAUUCUCGAGCGACAGUGGGAACGAGAGAUAGGAUUAGGAGCACUUGACACGAGCAACGAAAAAGAAAAGGUAUCUAGGAAUACAUCAAAUCAAAGAAAUGCAAGAUUUUUUGAAGAAAAUUGCAGAAGUUUUUGAAAGAGACAAUAUCCAGGACAUCUAUGUAGCCUUGGGGGAGGCAAUGGAGCUGCCAUGUCCCACACCACCCACUCUGAGUGGAGAUGAACUCCUGUCCUGGUUCCGAAGCCCUGCAGCAGGCUCCUCCACUGCCCUGGUGGCCCAAGUCCUAGUGGCCAGGCCAGUCCUAGAAUCUGGAAAGUCCGUAAGGGCAUCCAGGCUCAAACUGCUGGCGAACUACUCUUUGUGGCUGGAAGGGUCCAAGGAAGGAGACGCCGGGCGGUACUGGUGUGCCAUUCUGGGUCAGCACCACAAGUACCAGAACUGGAGGGUGUAUGAUGUCUCUGUGCUCAGAGGAUCCCAGCUAUCUGCGAGGGCUGCAGAUGGAUCCUCCUGCUCUGCCCUCUUAUGCUCUGUGGCCCCUGCCAGACGCCUAGACUCUGUGACCUGGCUGGAGGGAAGGGGUCCUGUGAGGGGCCAUGCACAGUCAUUUUGGGGCGAUGGGGCUGCCCUCCUCUUGGUGUGUCCUGGAGAGGGGCUCUCUGACUCCAACGAACAUAGACCAAGAAUCAUCCGCUGUCUCAUGCCUCAUAAUAAAGGGGUCAGCUUUAGCCUGGCAGCCUCCAUGGAUGCCUCCCCUGCCCUCUGUGCCCCUGCCACGGGCUGGAGUGUAUCUUGGAUCCUGAUGCUGUUGCUCACAGCAGGUCAGGGGUUCACCAUCCUGGCCCUCAGCAUCAUGCUCUGGAGACAGAGGAUCCAGAGAGCUCAGUGCAGAGAUGCCUCGAUUCCUCAUUUCAAACCUGAAACCCAAGUCUAUGAGAACAUCCAUAUGGCCCGUCUCAGCCCGCCUGCCCCCAAGAUCAAAUGAUCUCAAUGACAUCUGCUGGGAAGUGUGACCUGCUGUCUCUCCAGCCAUCUGGCAACUGAAAAUUCGCCUGAAAACCUUGGCAAGGGGGGAGGGGUUAGGAGUGUUAUUUUACAGUCCAGCUGGUCUCCAAGUCAAGCUGUGUGUGUGUGUGUGUUUUGGAGGAAGGUGCUGAAGGAAAGGAGAAGCAUUAUCUUGUGACAUCACCUAUGAGAAAGUGUGGCCUCCUGUUUUGUAAUAGCCAGUGAAGAGGUGGCCCUGAGUGCCCAGUCCCAUGGGAUUGAGGGGAGCCUGGGGUAGGGAGCAGGGCAUAAGGAGAGUUGGGAAUAGUCAGAGAGGAGACAGAAGAAUCCAGAGACUUGAGCAAUGGUAGAGAAUCGGUCUUGGGAAAACCAAAGGACAAAUGGAAGAACAUGAAGAAGAGAAAAGGGAAGGACUCAAGGAAGAGGAAGAGAGAAACAAAUAGAAGCACCAAGUAGGAGGAUGGAAUGACAGAGAGAAUGGAAAGAAGACUCAGGUUGCCUCUAAAUUAAGCCAGAUUUAAGCCAAACUCAGCCACUCCCUCCCCCAACCCCUCAUCCCUGUGCAGUCUCAUUUUCACAAAGAAGAGGUUGAGGGAGAACAAGCACCUUUAAUCAGACCUCAGACUUCCUUGCGUGGAAGGGUAGGGCACUGAGUCAGGGUGGGGGUGGCUGUGCUCAGCUCCCACUCCAAGCCACCCUCCUUAUCCCAGCACUUCAUUGUGGCAUCCGGAGUGGUGAGAGGCUUAUCAACAUCCGGACAUCCUGGGAGCCCCGAGUCACAUGCUAUCUCCCUGGGCAGAGGGAGUGUCCACAGGGGUGGGUGGCUGGGGUGUGUAAUCAGGCCCUGUGUGCUGGGCUGGCAGUGAACCCUGGGCAAGUCUGGGCUAGUCAAGCAGGGAAGGGCAUUGGUGCUCCCAAAUGGUCCAUCCUUGGGUCUCAGGCAGAAUGGAGCUGGACUCCCAGCCACAUCCUCACAAGCAGUUCCAUCAGACACCCUUUUGUGUGUCUGCCCAAGCUUGGACCUCACUGGAGAAAAGCUCCCUCAGGAGUGUCACCGAAAGCCUUCAUGCUACAGUGGCUUAAGCUGAACUGUUAGCAAGGAGGAGGACGGGAAUGACGCAGUUGGAGAGUGAGGUGAAAGUUAGGGUUCUGGUCCCAGCACCCCCAACCAAACCCACCAAGCAUCUAUAGUUUGCUUUUAGAAAGCACACACACACAUACGCAUGUACACAGUACAGUAUCCUAGACUCACAAAGAGCACUUUUAUUAAAUUUACUCAUAAUUC